AUGGCAUCUGACAACUCCCAGUCCAAGCUGCCUGGGCUCCCGGGCUAUGAUGCACACAAUUUGCAGCCGUGGACUGUGCAAGUCGUUGUUGCAGUGACAGUCCUGGCGCUGGCGGCCGUCGGACUGCGUCUUCUCAGUCGUCACAUCAAACACCAGCAACUAUGGCUGGAUGACAAGAUGAUCAUGUUCUCCAUGGGCUGGAACCUGGUUGUUGUAGGCUUCAUCUUUGCCAUGUAUUCGUCCGGGAUGGGCCUGCAUGCCGACAAGGUCGACCCGGCCGACAUCGUCAUGAUGGCCAAGUGGUUGGUCGUGGCCGAGGUUCUCUAUGCGUGGAAUCUAGGCUGGACCAAGAUGAGCUUGUUGCUCAUGUACUAUCGCAUCUUCCGCCUGCCGUACUUCAAGAAGAUGGCCUGGGUCGUCGGGGCCUUUGUCUGGGCCUGGGUCAUUUGCAUCACCUUCUUAUUCAUCUUCAUCUGCGUACCGGUUCAGAAGUUGUGGUAUCCGCAGAUUCCCGGAAGAUGCAUAAACCAAGUCGGCACCUGGAUAUCCAACGCCGCCUCCACCAUCUUCACCGACCUCGUCAUCCUGCUGAUGCCCAUUCCCCAGAUAUGGAAGCUCCAGCUGCGGAAAACCGAGAAAAUCGGUCUCACACUCGCCUUCAGCCUUGGUUUCUUUGUCGUAUUUGCGUCGGCCUACCGCACAAGCGUCCUCUUCACGUACACGGCCAAGGACCCGACAUACACACUCGCCCCCACGGUGGGAUGGACAGCCAUUGAAAUGUCGGCCGGCAUCGUGUCGGCAUGCCUGCCUACCCUUCUCCCCAUUGCGCUUUGCUGCGCGCGAGCGUUCGGCUUCACACGAACCGCGAGUGUGCCCAGUAGGGAGACCAACGCUCCGCCGACAUUUGGUGGUUCCGGCGGCAACAAGACCAAGUUGAAGAGCGGACUGAAUACGUUGACCAACUUUAGCACCCGGGACGGCGAUGACGAUGGUCACCAAGGCGAGGAGAGCCCCUUUUGCCGCCUGCCGGACAACGCGGAAUCGGAAAGCGUCAUCUCGCACGCCGUGGACUCGAGAAGCGAAACCCCAGAGGCAGCGUUGGAGCCGAGCCUCCGCCCAGACAUGAAGAAGGGGUAUGGGCAUUCUGUGAAAAGUUACACGGCAAAGGGCGGCGGAAGCCACGAUGACGAUAUCCCAUUACAGGGGAUCCGGGUGCAGAGAGACUUUACGAGCUCAACAUCGCGGAGACACUAA